UGGACAAGUGACGCAUUGGGCUGAGGUGUGGGGGGGCCUCGAGGAUUCUACUCCUUUUCCCCCGUACGGAGGCCCCCCCAUCCUCCAAUUGCUUGAGGGUGGGGUAGAGGCCGAGGUGUAGAACUGAAUAGUAUCGACCCUAGGCUCAGGCCUGUCAGCUGUUUGAAACCCAUCCUUCAGUAAGAAUGGAUACAUUAGACCGGGACCACGUCCUGGAGGACCACGCCCCCUGACCCACUACAGGUGACUAGGAUGGGGCGGGACCAGGAGUUGAUAGAGGCGGCGCGAAGUGGUAAUUAUCCCGCUGUUGAACGAAUCCUCAGUAUUAAACCAAAGAAACCGGGACCAUUCGCCAGUCUUAGACGAGCACAGGGUGGAAUUAGCUCCAGAGAUUCACAAGGCUAUACUGCAUUACACUACGCUUCACUUAAUAAUCAUAAGGAGAUAGUUAGAUUACUGUUGAGCUAUGAAGCCUCCUGUAACAGUGUGGAUGGAGCUGGAUCUUCUCCUUUACAUCUGGCUGCAUGGGCUGGGAACCAGGAGGUAGUGGAAAUACUCCUAACUACCGGACCAUCUAUCCCUAACGUGAACCUUACUAACGGGGAUAAAGAAACAGCUCUCCAUUGUGCUGCUCAGUAUGGGCAUACCGAGGUGGUUCAGCUGCUUCUAGGAGCAGGAGCUGAACCUAAUAUUAAGAAUAGUAAAGAGGAAACUGCUCUAGAUCUUGCUGCCCAGUAUGGAAGAACUGAAACAGUCCGUAUUCUGCUUGAAACCCACCCUGAGAUGGUUGGAAAGUUUACAGCCUACGGUUCAAUGGUUUAUCUCCAUACCCCUCUACACCUAGCAAGCAGGAAUGGACAUAAAGCGGUCGUGGAACAGCUCAUCAAGGUUGGUAUAGAUAUAAAUGUUCGAACUAGCCGAGGCUCAGCUCUUCACGAGGCCGGUCUCUGUGGGAAGGUUGAGGUCGUUAAACUUCUUCUUGAUCAAGGAAUCAAUACUCAGCUCAGGGAUUCGUCAGAUCGGACUAUUCUUGACAUCAUGGAGGAGCUUCAAACACAGAGAACAAAGGAAAUUACAAGAAUUAUCAUAGAGCAUAAUUCCAACAGCAGUACUCAACCACUAUCUCCAUACGAUAACGUUUCAAUCAGUAACUCACUAGAUUCUGCCUGUUCCUCGACCCUGGGGACGGAACUGAGGCCGAGGGCAACCUCGUGGCAGACCAGGGAGAGACGGAGGACAACCUCAGAGGAAGAAUUGGAUAAAAGGAUAUCUUCAUUCUCUUCUACAUCAGGUUGCUCCGACUGCACCACUAGUACUCUUCAACCUGCCCGCAGUUAUGAUUCUAACUUUCUCUCAGAGUCAGAGCUAACUAUGACAGGAACAUUAACCCGAGGAGAUGAUACGAGUAUAUCCUCAGCCAGCUCAACCACCUCCCUCUCUCCGGUCUGUCAGGUUCGACCUGGGAGCAGUGUCUCACAGAACACACUAACCUCUAAACCUACAGUAGAUAAACCUAAACUACCCGCUAAACCUGCACAUAUAAGACCUGGUCUUAAACCUGUACAGAUUCCAAAUGUCGAUGACAAACUUGGUAUUAAACCCAAGAAACCUCCGCGACGAAAUCUCUCAAUAUCUCCAGUAAGAAAUCCCCCUUGGGAAUCUGAGGGGGGGUAUGAUCCCUCCCACUGUAGAAAAAAUAUCCCUCAAAAGUCAGUUUACUCCUCAAAAUCUGGUUCAAAAUCAUUUGACGAGCUUGACGAUAUCUUGUGUGAUAAAUCAAAGAAGCAGGGCGGACGAAAACGAAAUCGUCGAACGCUAAGCAGUGUCUCCAGUGUUGACGUUUCCCAUGAUAAGGAACAGAAAUCAAAUAGAGAAUACAUUCCUUUAGAGUCUAGACAUUCCUGUGAUGAAAUCCUAGAUACAUACCAGGUAUACCGACACGGCAGCGACUGCUCCCAGCUCAGUGACUGCCAGAGAUGUGUUCUCAACAGCAUGAGCAACCGUUCCCUCAAUAUUCAUUGCGACGGGGAGCAGGGUAAAGACCGGUUUAUCUCCCAGCGACAAUACAAGCGGAAGAUAAGACGAGAAGUUCCAAAAGGAAGCGUCAAAUACUCCACCCUGGAUUUGAGAGCAGAGAAGAGGUUGAAUGGUUCCAGUCCUGGGACUAACGCUGUACUGGUUUCUAAAACCACAUAUAAACUCAGGGCUAAUCAUUAUGAUUCAGACCUGGACUCUGCUGGGGAGGAGGAUACUGAAAGAUCUAGCGGGUUAGAACUCAUGGAAAUUCCUCUGAGUCCAACCCACUACUCCCAACCUUCAACUCCGGAGAAUGAUCCUCCAACCCCUUGGGAGGCGGAGUCAGCCAUACACAAUGUUCUUUCCUUUCUCAAGAACGAAUAUCAACCACGCAGACGAACUGUAACAACAUAUACUGAGCCCUGGAUGCUGCUAUCUCUAGAUCCGACCCUAUGGCCUAGUUCAAACCCUCUGGUUACUGAUAAAUCCACGUGUACCCAGAUUGAUCGUAAGCUGCCAACAGGACGUAAACUACCUGAGAUUCCUCGGGAUGAGCAGAUUCAGCUUCAUAUACCAACAUCACCAGAGUCAGACGAUUCUGAUCCCGGCGAAGUGAUUUUAAGACACAACCCAGAAGAGGAAGAUUGCAUUUAUCAAUCAAUAGAUAAAGAGGAGAGUGACGAAAGUGAAUCAAGUAGAGUGUCACAUGGCAGUGACAAAUCACAAAGUUUGUCGAUCCUGUCUCCGUUCGACGAGCAAGAGGAAUGGUCAAAGAUCUCUUUAAUUAUCGACUCCUUUGGCGCCAAUAUUGGGAAACAGACUGAGGUUGGGAAGGAAACAAUAAGUACACCAAACAACUCACCUGUUUAUGAUUAUCCAACGCUAAAAAAGAGAGAGAAACUGACAUCUACAGUUGAAGAAUGGCUAAACUUUAUUAAUUUGAGCAAGUAUGCGGCUAACUUUGAAUCCAAUGGUUAUGACAAUAUAAACUAUAUUGGCGGUGGUCUACUUAGUAGAGAAGAUCUCAUUGAAAUCGGAAUAACUGAUCAAAAAGACAUCACUGUCCUUAUAGAUUCAUUAAAGCAUAGACUGCACAAGUUUCACUUCAAGGAGAAUGGAGAACCUGAGUGUUUAGAACUCAACCUGGAAUCCUGGCUCUCCUCCCUAGAACUAAAUCAGUACCUGGAGAAGUUUAGAUCUAACCUAAUAGUAGAUAUGGACAGGGUUCGGGGUAUAUGGGAUGAUGAGUUGUCCUCUAUAGUUGAGAUUGAGAAGGUUGGACACAGAAGAAGGAUUCUGCUGAGUGUUGCUGGACCUAUAGGGAUAAAACAACGAAUUGGCAAGGUUAACAUAAUAUCAGAGACCCAGAAACCAGAAGUUAAAUCAAAUCUGCAAAUGGUCUGUAAUCUCUCUCCACACUCAACCCCAAAGCCUGCAACAUCUUCAUCUGAAAUUGGAAAGAGUCCUCUAAAAAAAGAAAAACCAAAGCUGGAAGAAAAAUUACAAAUUGUCGAGAAAACCCGAAACGCCGAGGCAGAUGUGAUUUUAACGCCAGUUAAAGGAAAGGAAUUGGAAGAAAAAGGAAAAAAGAAAAAUGAAAAAGAAGAUGUCGGAAGCGGAGAUCAGAAACAAAAAGAUAACAAACAGCACCAUAAAGACAAAAGGUUGGGUCGAAUGGUUAAAUCUCCGACCUCUGAGGAUAUCCCCUUGUGUUCAAUGCACUCUGCUCAACGGAGAAACACUGCAACCUCGUCAACCUCUGAAGGAAGCGAGAAGCUUGAUAAACCUCAGACUCCGGUUAAACGGCCUGGAAUAGAGAGUGGGACUUUAACCCUAGGAAGGAGGAAGAAAAGGGCUCCUCCACCCCCUCCUANCCCUACUUGUGGAAAAUAUUUUUUCCACCCGAUUAAUGUUAAAACUGUCAAAAGUGUAUCUAAUUUAGGAGAUGUGUCUCCGCAGAUGAAACUUAGAGCUCAAGCCUCUCAAAACUUCAAAUCUAUCGAAGUUGUUCAAAAAAAAUCUUCCACUUCUCUUGAUGGAUGUUCAAGAAAAAUCGGCACUAACCAACCUAACAACGAAACAAAAGGAAAAAAUGAAGUGAAAGAGAAAGAGAAGGAUGGUAGAACGUAUAAGGUUAUGUACCACGGCAACUCUCUUGUACUACAGUUUGAUGGAGUAGAUUCAACAAAACAAGCUAUAGAGAAGGUAAAGAAGUCUCGUGACAUAAUAAAAAGAACAGGAAUGCCUACCAGACUCGUAGUAACAGAUACAGAACUUAAAACAACAAUUUUUGAGGGCCAGGGUGUACUGCACGACCACCAGAUAAACAACAUCUGUUGUGUUGUACAGGAUUGUGAGUCCCCGACCAUGUUUGGAUAUAUAACAACUGAUAUUAACAAUCUACAAAGAUUUUCUCAUGUUUUUUCCGCUGAAAAUAAGGAGAAAUGCUCUGAAAUCCUGUCUCGAUUUUCUCAAGAAUUUAAGGACGGAACCAACCCAGAGAUACUGGAUACUAAACCUAAACCUAGAGCAAAGGUUGUUACCCCUAGUGGAGCUGGAGCUAAAUCUAAAUCUGAUCAUCUUGUUACAAGAAUGAAAAACUUCUUCCAGGGCGGAGAAUCAAGUGGAGUCAAUCGGCGUGAAGAGAGAAGGCGGAGAGAUGAGAGAGAAGGGCGGAGAAGAAGAGGCGGAUCAAUGGACAACCUCAUAGAUGUAGAAGACGAUAUUAAUACUACUAUGAGGAAAAAAUGCUCCUCGAUCAAGAACCUCUCCUGUGUGGGACCUCCUCCUAACAAUAAAAACGAAGUGAAAAUAACAAGUGUUUAAUUUCAUGAAUUCAUUCUUACUCGUCACAAAUUCUAACCCCAAAAUCAAAAUACUCUGUCUGCUUUUAAUGUAAGACGACGUUUUAAGAAAAGGAAUAACAUCGCUAUCCCAACAUUCUAGUUAUUUAAACCAAAAAUUGUUUGUGAUUAAAUACUCAUAAGGAUCUCAUUUAGAUUUAACUUUAUUUUAGUCAGUUUUUUAAUUCAAUACUCUAUUUUAGGGGAAGAACGUUCCACACUGUGUAUUUGUCAAAAAUCAGGGUUUGGAACUUUCUUCUCCUGAACUGAAAGACUAUUAUUAAAUUUAUGAUAUGGAGCAUAAUUUUAUGUAAAUGUAUUUAUGUUACCCACAUUGUCAGCAAUUGUAAGGGAAUCCUCAUAGAUUUUGUAAGGUUUAUUGAAACCACAGACAAACUUAAAAACUCUAGAACACUCCCUUUAACCUUGAUUUAUAAAUUUGUAACCCUAAGUUGAGAUUUAAAAGCUUAAACCCGAGUAAGCCCCGGUCUUACCAUUUACUUAGACCCAAGUAAAGACUGGGGUUUUGGAUGGCCUUGGCUUUAGUAAAAACCAACCGCCUUGAGUUUUUCGUUCUUGAAGGCUUGGGUCUUCAAAAGCUGAUAAUCGUAAAUUUCGCAAAAACUAUUAUAUGUGUAAUUUAGAAUAUUGGAAAUUAUUUUUAGUGUCAAAGUUGAUCAAAGGUGUGAAAUAAACAUACUAUGAAAAUAAUGUAUCUCAAAAUUUACAUUUAGCUCAGCUAAUCUGUCUACUAUAUCCAAUCCAGGCUUUGGUUUUAGCUGAGCUCACAAGUCCUUCAAUAUACCAAGGUUACUCUGGUUUAAGCUUUGAAAAUCUCAAAUCUGAUCUGUUUAGAAUAAUAUUCCUAUAGAGCCUUAUCAAACAUCUUUUAUUAGUUUAUAUUAGAAUAAAGAUUAUCAAUGUGA